AUGGACCCCACGCGCAUGCUAACCCUUCAUCUGCAGCUAUGUCUGGCCCAUUACUGUGACAUCCAUGGGCCAACUCCCCUGAUGGUCACCGAGGGUCUGGCAGCACCCUGUAGCGUCUGCCACGAUGGUUCAGCCGCAGCAAGCGACAAGCCCCCACGCUCCGCUCCAGCUACAUCGGAAUCGCAGCCUCGGGCGUCUUCAGCCGCUGUUACCGACGGUAUUCGAGAUUUGAGCUUAUCACAAGAUGGCCAGUCUCCUCGCCCAGCUUUGCGUCGAUCUCCCGGCACCGGUGCCAGCACCGGUAAUGACGGCACUUCAGUGAGCGGCCUCGACACACCUCCCGAGAGCCCGCGGCCCUUGUCGCAGCAGCCACGGCGAGACUCGAGUUACCGUAGGACUUAUGACGAAACUGUAACCCGAAAACAAGGCCCUUGCGACAAUUGCGCCAUGACGUUGCCCCGCAGGCAGCAAAACGCAGCGGCAGCUGGGGAAGAUGCCAUUGACCCGCGAUCACCAACUUUGCGUACCCGUGCGCCAGCUGAGCGUGUCUUUCUCCCCGUCGACCCAGCCUCGCCCCCAAAUUCGCAGUCAUCUAGUGACACUGAUGCGGAUCACGAGCUUCCAAGGACAACAUCGUGCUCCAGCAACUCUACGACCUCGGAGCGUCAUCCCAGUCAUGUGCACUACGUGGAUUACACAUCGACUCAUGAACCAAUCCUACCCGACUCCUUUUCUCUAAUUCGUGCCUCAUGUCUGCGAGCUCUGUCUUUUGAAACUCUUCCUGCAGGCUCAGCCGCGUCGGGUGGUGCCAUCUUCUUUGGCGAUUCGUUGGCUGGGUACACAACUGCUUACAUCUUUCGAAUCCCUGACGUCCACGCCCGAGGCCACAAACGAGUCUAUGCCUUCUUAGCUCUCAGCACCCACAAGGAGAGACUAGCCAUGAAAACAUUUGCCGGCGUUUCCUCUGCCUUUCGGGAGCUUGCUACCUGGAUCCAAACGCUUGCCGAAUCCGAGGCUGAGCGAACUGCAGAAUCUUCCCCUAUUGGCAGCGUCUUGCAGAGUGGUGGCCCUGCCAGCCAUGUGGCAUCAUCGUCCACCAUUGACCCACCGAAUGUAGACCGCAGCGGCAGUAGCUUUCUGACCGGAGGCAGCGGCUUCACCAGACGCAUGGGAGGCCCUGGCGGCGUCUCCUCACUCAAGGCCCGCGGCCUUGCGGAACUUGUCGGACAGCCAGACUUCUUCAUCACUCUGCACAAGAAAUUCGUGCAACUCUUGUUUGAAGUAGGCGUGUCCUUGAAUUCAUAA